CAGAAGUCAUCACAAUACACCCCAUCUUGCCAAAUGGAUGAUGAUCUAAAACCUCUGGAUUUCAUAAAGGACUUUCAAGAGUACCUGACACAGCAAACACACCAUGUGAACAUGAUCUCAGGAUCUGUCGGUGGGGAGAUGGAGCCCCUCCAAGCUGUAGCAGCAGCUAUCCCAGAGAGUGAUCAUCAGAAUGGAUCAGUGGAAGUCUCUCUGGACGACAACUCUGGGCUGCUGGUGGACGGCUUCCAGAGGACCUUCGACGGCAAGCUCAAGUGUAGCUACUGCAGCUACGCCAGUAAAGGCACCGCUCGCCUGAUAGAGCACAUCAGGAUUCACACAGGAGAGAAGCCCCACCGCUGCCAGCUGUGCCCCUUCGCCUCUGCCUACGAGCGCCACCUUGAGGCCCACAUGCGCUCCCACACGGGAGAGAAGCCCUACAAGUGUGACCUCUGCUCCUUCCGUUGCAGCGACCGCAGCAACCUGUCCCACCACCGCCGGCGSCGCCACAAGCUUUUACCCGUGAAGGGGGCGGAGCUGCCCGCCUUCCUCUCCAACAAGAAGAUGCUKAACGUCCUACAGAAGAAGAGUGGCAGCUCCCUGGGCCUGGGAGGCUACAGCAGACACCUCCUCAUCAACCUCAGCCCUCCCUCCAUGGUGGUGGGGAAAGCAGACUACCUGAACCAUGAGGUGUACGAGAGCGAUGUGAAGGACCAUGGGACUGGAGGAGGAAGAGGAGGUGUCAGCAGGGAUGUCAACAGUGACAUGGUGGUGGACAACAAUCCACUGAACCAGCUGUCUACGCUGGCAGGCCAGUUGUCCAACCUCCCCCCAGUGGACCAGACCCCCGUGUCUCCUGACAGACUGUCCUGUAACGACGUCAAGCCGUUCCUCAUCCAGCAGGCCUCUGGUGCACCGAUUGCAGUGUCAGUAUCUUUGUCCGCCAGUCAAAGUGGUGCCCACCACCACCACUACCACCACCACCACCACCAAACCUCCUCCCCAACCAGCCCCGAGGACCUCCAACCCCCUGCAGGCCACAGCAGGAACUACAGCCCCAGCCCUGUGAACCCAGAACCUAGCAGCGAGCACAGUGCACACACACGUACCAGCUCAGUUAGCAUUAGUAACAGCCAGCCCAGUACCCCUGCCCUGCCCGGUAGCACACCGGAUCCAGACCCACAGAUGCUACACAGCUGCCAGCACUGCGACACCUACUUCUCUGACAACAUCAUGUACACCAUUCACAUGGGUUGCCACGGCUACGAGAACCCCUUCCGGUGUAAUAUCUGCGGCUGUAAGUGCAGGAAYAAGUAUGACUUUGCCUGCCACUUCGCUCGCGGGCAGCACACGCAGUGACUGACUUCCGCAGCGACCGAGAUGAAUUUGAACGAUGUUUGGCGUCUCACAGAGCACAUUAACUUUAUUCCGUGWUUAUGAUAAUCAGGGAUCAGAGCGAUUCUGAUCGAUAUUUUAUUGUAUCGUUUUUUUUUAUUAAUGAUAUAACUUGGAGAGUGAGUGUUACUUUGAAAUGAGGAAUUGAUGCUUCUAUAAAUGGGAAAGUAAUCUGGAGGUUGGAGACAUUUAUCAUGUGUCCUCCUCGAUGCCGUCUGAGAAUUUAAAGGAAGUCACUUCUUAUCAUUUAAAAAAUUAAAUGUCAAAUGUUAUUUAACAUAGCAAAUCAGUUAAGAACAAAUUCUUAUUUACAAUGACGGC